AAAAAGAAAUGUCAUCAGGUGGAAAAGGAAAAGCAGGAAAAGGAGGAAAGGCAGCAGGAGCUCAUAAAUCAGUAUCUAGAUCACAUAAAGCUGGUUUAUAAUUCCCAGUUGGAAGAGUUUCAAGAUAUUUAAAAUAAGGAAGAUAUACAGAGAGAGUUGGUGCAGGUGCUCCAGUAUAUUUAUCAGCUGUCCUUGAAUAUUUGGCUGCUGAAGUAUUAGAACUUGCUGGAAAUGCUGCUAAAGAUAACAAAAAAAAUAGAAUUAAUCCAAGACAUAUUCUCUUAGCUAUCAGAAAUGAUGAUGAAUUAAACAAAUUAAUGGUCAAUACAACUAUUGCUGAUGGAGGUGUCUUACCAAAUAUUCAUCCUCAUUUAUAUUCAGCUAAAGAAGACCCAAGUCAAGCUGUUUGAUUUAAAUUUAUUAGUCAAAUAAUUAAUAAGAUUAUUAUAAAAAAAUCAUUAUCCAAUAAUUAAAUUAAUUAUUUUAAUUUUCAUUAUUUCUACAAAACUUGCCCUUAUUAUUAUACUUUAUCUAUAAAAAUAUCAAUCAAUUUAUACUAUCUCUCUUAAUUAAAUCAAUUAUCUCAAUUCUAUAAAUUAUUUUACAUCAUAUAAGUUUAAAUUAAUUUUAUUGUAACCAAUUAUCUAAUUCAAUUAUUAGUCAUACUCAUUACUUAAAAGAGUAUAGAAUAUAGUUUUAUCAUAAGUAGAUUUUCUUGGUUAUUACUGUUUAAGUAAAUUUACUCUUAAUCAUUAAGAAAUUUCAUUUUCUCAAGUCGAUCAAUCGAAAUUUAAAGAGAAUCUAUAUUUACUUAAAAAAAAAUAUAUUUAAACAGCUAAUCAUUUUGAAAAAAGAAAGAUUCAUUUACUUAUUUAUU